AUGGCUAAAGAUGUGGAGAAAUUCUGUGCAGCAUGCAUGUCUUGCGCAUCAUCCAAGAAGUUGACUCAGAAGCCGUACGGGCUGCUGAAACCAUUACUGGUACCCAAAUACCCGUGGGCACAGAUUGGCGUUGAUUUCCUGGGACCAUUAACAGAAUCUGCAACCCUACUGGGUAAAUUCAACAUGGUAUGCGUGGUAAUCAACCACCUUACGUGCAUGGCGCACUUGAUACCAACAAGGUUGGACUACACGGCCCGCAACAUGGCCAAGGUAUUUCACGCAAACAUCUUUAGGCUGCAUGGGGUACCCAAGAUCAUCAUUAGCAAUAGAGACAAGUUAUUUACAUUGAUCUUCUGGAAGACGCUCUAUGAACUAUUAGGUACCAAACUGAGACUGUUGUUGGUGUUCCACCCACAGACGGACGGGCAGACCAAAAGACUCAUACGCACAAUACUGGCGCUGAUACGCGUGUGCAUAAACCCAGUGUUGAGAGACUGGGCAACCAAAUUACCUAGUAUUGAGUUUGCAGUAAACUCAGCUAGAUUGGAGACCACUGGGUUCAGUCCAUUUGCACUGAAUUAUGGACAAACCCCACAUCCAAUAUUAGUGCCAACCAAUACUGACAUGUACAGGGUACGCAAUGCAGCCCGCAACAUCAAAUACGCACUAAUGAUAGCACACAAUGCCAUCAUUGGUUUGCAAAUAAGUCAGAUGGUCAAAGCUAACAGGCAUAGAAGACCUUCACCGUUUAAGACCAACAACUUAGUAUAUGUUAGUACCAAGAACAUGAGAGUGCCGCUGGGGAAACCACACAAGCUAUUGGCGCAAUGGAUUGGGCCAGUAAGAAUAGAUGGUGUGGUCAAGGAAGGGGCCACUUACCACGUAGAGUUGCCCAACAACUUGAAGCAAAGAGGAAUGAAGCCAAUAUUCCACGCGUUGCUACUGAAACCACAUGUACCAUAUGAGGAUUGUUGCUUCCCAGGAAGGAACUACAAGCAGAUAGCCUCCUUAGAAGCCAAUGAUGAUGAAUGGGUGGUUGAGCGGAUAGGUGGACAUUGCAGCAAGGGGAAUAACGCAAUGUUUGAGAUAGUAUGGCAAUUGGGAGACUGUACCUGGGAAUCAUACCACAUGGUACGGCACCUUGAGGCCCUAAGACAAUAUUUUGAAGCUUUAGGAAUCAGCCGCACUAAAGAGCUACUGUGGAAAGAAGACAGGGAAGUACUGUAUGAUGAGCUUAGCAAUAGUGGGUCUGAAACCCUCAAAUGCGCAAGCGUAGGGGUACUUAAGGAAGCAAUAUGGGAACCUCAACCAGUCAUCAGCACCAUACCUCAUUGCUUAAGACUAGAUCCUUUAUUAUCACAUUUGACUCUAUCUACAAAAUGUACUACGGCUGGCAAAGACGCCGCAGUUGCAACCAAGAACGGCGGCGGGAUGCACCACCAGCGUACAACCCAGGGCCCAACAAACAAGUUGAUGCAGGUUUACUACGGCUGCUCAACACGGUGGCCCAGACCAGCCUCAAAACCGUUAGGGCAAGAAACGCCCCACCCCCCCAUAGGGGAAGGCAAGGACAGUUUGGGAGGCCAAACAUGGCCAGGUCCCUGCAUGUUGGGAGAGGUCAGAUGGUCCUGUACAAAGGUAUUAUUGGCGUCAGUACCAAUGGGCCAUUGCGUGCACAACCAAGAGAGCAGACUUACCAAGGGUCAUCUACAGGAAGACGCCUUAAACAGCAAUGCACUCAACCUAAUGCUAGGAAUUGCAGCCAAUCACCUACCAGAAGCACGUCAGCCUCCCGGUCCAGCAAUGGAUCCACCGUACAAGGAAGAAGUACCUCAACCAAGCAUGGACAAAGAACGCAAACAGGAAGAAAACAAGCGCGUACCCAAUCCAGUCCCUACAACCCUACUGGAUCCGGUCAAGAGGGGACCGGCAAAUCAUCCAAGGAGACCAGCGACAGAACCAACCCAGGCAGGGACGGUUGGACUGCAAGUCAACAAGCUGGCAAGGAAGGUAUUGCAGGCAAUUCUCUUGGUCAAGAACGUCAUAUCAGUAACCACGACUCUAAGCAAACACGUGAAGAGGACUCACCAGCGGGUCAUAGACAGGGAGUGGGACAUCAUGGAAGACAUGUCCCGUAUUGCGCUUUGA